AUGUCUGUUGUCGGUAUUGAUUUCGGUGCGCAGAGCACCAAGAUUGGUGUUGCCAGGAACAAGGGUAUUGACAUUAUUACCAAUGAGGUUUCCAACCGACAGACUCCUUCCCUCGUUGGAUUCAGCGCCCGCAGCAGACACAUCGGCGAAGCUGCCAAGACACAAGAGACCUCUAACUUGAAGAACACCAUCGGUUCCCUGAAGCGUCUUAUCGGCCGCUCUUUCGAUGACCCUGAUGUCAAGAUUGAGCAGCAGUACAACACCGCCACCAUCAGUGAUGUCAACGGACUGGCUGGUGUUGAGGCUAACUACCUGGGCAAGAAGGAGAAGUUCACAGCCACUCAGCUGGUUGCUAUGUACUUGACCAAGAUCAAGGAUAUCGCUUCCAAGGAGCUCCGUCUGCCCGUUUCCGAUGUUACCGUCAGUGUUCCCGCUUGGUUCACCGAUAUCCAGCGCCGCGCUAUGAUCGAUGCUGGUGAGAUCGCCGGUCUCAACGUUCUCCGCUUGGUUAACGACACCACCGCCACUGCUCUCGGCUACGGUAUCACCAAGCUCGACCUGCCCGGUCCUGAAGAGAAGCCCCGUCGCGUUGUCUUCGUCGACAUCGGUGCCAGUGAUUACACCGCCAGCAUUGUUGAGUUCCGCAAGGGUGAGCUCAACGUCAAGGCCACUGCCUGCGAUCGUCACUUCGGUGGUCGUAACUUCGAUCUGGCUCUGACUGAGCGCUUCGCCGAUGAGUUCAAGGAGAAGUACAAGAUUGACAUCCGCACUCACCCCAAGGCCUGGUCCCGUACUAUUGCCGCCGCUGAGAAGCUCAAGAAGGCUCCUCUGAGCAUUGAGUCUCUGAUGGAGGAUACCGAUGUUAAGGCUAUGGUUAAGCGUGAGGAGCUCGAGGAUAUGGUCCGCCCUCUUCUGGACAGACUCACUGUUCCUCUGGAGCAGGCUCUUGCUGAGGCCAAGCUUACUGUUGAUGACAUUGACCACGUUGAGAUGGUUGGUGGCUGUACUCGUGUCCCCGCUAUCAAGGAGACCAUCGCCAAGUUCUUCAACAAGGGUCUCUCCUUCACCCUUAACCAGGAUGAGGCCAUUGCCCGUGGUUGUGCUUUCUGCUGUGCCACCCUCUCCCCCGUUUUCCGUGUCCGUGACUUCGCUGUCCACGACAUUGUCAACUACCCCAUUGACUUCACUUGGGAGCAGUCCCCCGAGAUCCCCGAUGAGGACACCAGCCUCACCGUCUUCAACCGCGGCAACGUCAUGCCUUCCACUAAGAUUCUCACUUUCUACCGCAAGCAGCCCUUUGACCUCGAGGCUCGCUACUCUAAGCCCGAGGGCUUGCCCGGCAAGGUUAACCCCUGGAUUGGUCGUUUCUCCGUCAAGGGUGUUCAGGCUGAUGCCAGCGAUGACUUCAUGAUCUGCAAGCUCAAGGCCCGCCUGAACCUGCACGGUAUCCUUAACGUUGAGUCUGGAUACUACGUUGAGGAUGUUGAGGUUGAGGAGCCCGUCGUCGAGGAGGGUGAUGCCAUGGACACCGACGCUAACGGUGAAGAGCAGCCCAAGAAGACCCGCAAGGUCAAGAAGCAGGUUCGCAAGGGUGACCUGCCCAUUGUCUCCGGAGUCGGUGGUAUCGACGAGGCCGGCAAGCAGGCUCUCCAGGAGCGCGAGAACGCUAUGUACAUGGAGGACAAGCUUGUUGCUGAGACCGACGAGAAGAAGAACGAGCUUGAGGCCUCCAUCUACGAGCUGCGUGACAAGAUCGAAGGCGUUUACGCCGAGUUUGCCAACGAACAGGAGAAGGACAAGCUGCGGGCCAAGCUGACAGACACCGAGGACUGGCUGUACGAGGAUGGUGAGGACACCACCAAGUCUGUCUACGUUGCCAAGAUGGAUGAGAUCCGCUUCAUUUCCGGACCCAUCAUUCAGCGCUACAAGGAGAAGGCCGAUGCUGAGCGUGAGGCCAUCCUGAAGGCUGAGGAGGAGGCCGCUGCCAAGCGUCGUGCUGAGCUCGAUGCUAAGAAGAAGGCCGAGGAGGAGGCCAAGAAGGCUGCUGAUGAGGCUAAGGGCGAUGCUGAGAUGAAGGAUGCGCCCGAGGGUGAGGCUGAGGGUGAGGAGAAGCAGUAA